AUGUCAAAUGUAUCAGAAAAGACGGUAGAAAAAAACGUUCACAAUAAAGAUGUUCCUAUAAGAGCAUCUUAUGCCUCAAGACUAGUACCAAGAUUAGGACCCUAUCUUUUAUUAAAAACGCUUGGUGUAGGUGAAUUUGGAAAAGUCAAGCUAGGGAAGCAUUUUGAGACUGGACAAAUAGUGGCUGUCAAACUGAUUAAAAAGGAGAACAUCGAUUGUUCAGCAAAACUUGAUAAAAUCCGAAUGGAAAUUGUGAUUUUAAAGAGGUUGAAUCAUCCUUAUAUUGUUAAAUUAUUAACUGUUAAUGAAACAAACUCUCAUCUUGGAAUAGUAUUAGAACAUGCUGAAGGAGGAGAAUUAUUUGAAUACAUCUAUAGACAACGUUAUUUAAAAGAGGAAGAAGCAUGUAAGCUUUUUUCUCAAUUGAUAAGUAGCGUAUAUUACAUGCAUCAACAAAAUAUUGUACAUCGUGAUUUAAAACUUGAAAAUAUCCUUCUAGAUCGUCAUGGUAAUAUUAUUGUCACUGACUUUGGAUUUGCUAAUCAGUUUACAAAAAAGACUGGUGAUCUGAUGUCUACUUCAUGUGGGUCACCCGUCUAUGCCGCGCCAGAACUUGUAAUGACAGGAAAAUCAUAUUCCGGUAAAGGCGUUGAUAUAUGGUCAUGUGGUAUUAUUCUUUAUGCAAUGUUAUGUGGCUACCUACCCUUUGAUGAUGAUAAUCAAAACCCAAAUAGCGAGAAUAUUGGACGUCUUUAUCGAUAUAUCGUUGCAAAUAAACCAAAAUAUCCAAAAUAUGUAUCUACAGUAGCAAAGGAUCUCAUUGAAAAAAUGCUUAAUUCUGAUCCUAAAGAAAGAUGUGAUAUUGAAACUAUCAUGAAUCAUCCUUGGCUUCAUAGAUAUAGGGAACAGAUUUUUAGACCUAUAGAAGAUCUUGAAAAGGAAACUAUCUAUGAGAAGGAAUUGUUAUUGAAAUCUAUUCAACUUAGCUAUGACUUGACACCUGAUCAUUCUAGUAUUCAAGAUGAAAGCUUCCCUUAUGAGCCUGACACGUGUUCAUUUAUUUCUUCUUGUAGCUAUCCAAAAGACAUGUAUUCAAUGAAUUCGAUUGUAGAAAAUCCUCAUCAGAGUGAUAAAGCAUUGGUGGUCAGCAAAGCUAUUCAUCAUAAUACGAAACCAACUAUACCAGAAACGCUUAUUUCAUUACCUAUAAAAAUAGAAACUUCUUUAACAGGUAGUAUAUCUUUUAAGAAGCAAUGUUUAAUAAUGAUGAAAAAAUGA